AUGCACCAGGCCAAAAGGACGUUGCGAGAUGCAAGAGCUCGGCAGCACGAAGUGCGCCUUUCUCGCCAGUACUACAAGACCAGCAGCAAAGGUGCAGGCCGUGGCCGGGGCCAGAGCACAGGCACCAAGGACGAUUCGAAUAUGACCUGCCUUCGCUGUGGAAAAGUGGGCCACCGGGUGGCCAACUGCCCGCACCCGCCGGCAGCGUCGGCACAAGCAACCACGACGCCUGAGGCAACAUCCUCGUUCAUCUGCUUCAACGAUUGCGCCACGAACCUCAUCGACGCCUACGCCAUGGGAGUGCUCACCACGACGGACGCGGUGCGCCAGGGGAAGGCCGUGGUCGACGGUGGUGCCACUCGGACUUUGGCAUCCAUAGAGGCGAUGGAAGCGAUCAUGCAAAUCAACCAAGGAAAGAGGGGCAAGACCGGCCUCGCCACCUUGGAUAUGCUGGAGCGACCCGUGUUUGGCUUCGGCAACAGUUCCGAGAACCAGUGCGCGUCAACUGCCCACCUUCAGAUACUUGCGAACAACCAGUCCGGCAAGCUGAAGGUACAUUGCCUUGACCAUGGCAGUGGACCCCUACUUCUUUCUGUGGAGACCUUGAGUCCCGUGGAGAAAACGGAGGUCCAAGAAGUUACGGGACAUGGGGAAGAAGUGAGUGUGGGGUGUCAUUUGCUUCUCCCAGUGACGAAGUAUGCUGUUACCAGGGCAGACCACAGGAGUCCAAAAGCGAAUCCUCUGGAGGCCAUUCAGCUUCAAACCGAACUUCAGGCUCUACAGCUCCAACUUCUCGCCACCGAGCCCGCCAUGUACCGCAAGACCAAGGCCGAGCUUGUGGCGGAACUUCGCAAGUACCAGGAACAUCCGGCGCCCGGCUGGACCAAGGUGGAGAUUCGUCAGCGUCUCCUCGAGCUCCAGGGCCAAGAGGAGGAGGAGGCACACAAGAAGACCUCCAAUGCCACGGCCCUCCAGAACAUCACUCGCGAGAUGAGGAAGGCAAGCAAGAACAAGGCGAACCUCAUCGUGUUCUGCGAGCAGGAAUUGGAGAUGACCCUCACCGGGAACGAGACGAAGCCGCAGCUCGAGAUGAAGGCGAUGAACAAGAUCCUGGCCAACACACCGCCCGAGGGUAUGGAUGUGGUGGGCUUUGGGAAGCAUGUGGACCGGCGCUACCACGAGAUGCUGGACGAACUCCGGGGCUACGGGGAAUGGGUUGUUCAAACGGCCGGAGAGAAUCCAUCCACGAGCGAUCCGCGCCUACGACGCCUCGCGGGGUGGCUGGAGCCGCGACUACAGACCGGGAGUUCGACGAUGCAUGCCCGAGGAAGCUCGAGCAUGGAGGCACCUUGGAUGACGGGGAGGACGAUCGCCAAGACCCCCGCCAAAGCUGCCACCAAGGCCUUUCUGAAGCCCAAGAACGAUCCCUCGGAAUCCACAACCUCGUCUCCCGAAGUGGUGGCCGACCAGACGAAGAAGAUGGACGAGAUGGCGGAGAUGAUCCACAAGUUGAAGGACGAGCUCGAGUCCAUGAAGGCGGAACCUCGGCGCAAGCAAGCUGGGUAUGCCGACGAGGACAGCAUGACGGACAGGUCCUUCGUGCAG